AUGUCAGAACCUGUUGCACCGGCGAGAAGCAGACACACCAAGGAGGAAAAAGUCACCCAAAAGACGUCAACUGACCCUCCUACAUGGUUGAUUGGGUACAAUUUAUUAUCCGGAUGUCUUUGGUCGUUUGUUUUCCUCAAUGUGUUUGCCACAUAUCUCACCUUUGGCAACCUCUUGCAGACUUUUGAGUUGACCCAUUAUUGGACCACGGCCAUCCAAUGCUGCGCUAUCAUUGAAGUCAUCAAUGCGGCAACAGGCGUUGUCAAAUCUCCUGUAAUAACCACUGCUAUGCAAGUUGCUUCUAGACUGUUGGUCGUUCUCGGCGUAUGGACAGUGUUACCGGAAGCGUCGGGUAAUACCUCCUAUGCUUAUUUAACUGUGCAUUUUGCUUGGGGAGUUGCUGAAGUGGUCAGGUACUAUUACUAUGCAAACCAUUUGAUCUCCCAACAAAGGCAGGCUCCCGGUAUUGCUCCGCCGCAAGUCCCAAAGUUCCUACUCUGGUUACGUUACAAUGCGUUUCUUGUUUUGUACCCAAUGGGCAUCUCCUCUGAGUGCUACAUGGUGUAUCGUGCCGUUGGCGCUGCACUGGCUCGUGGAACCUCGGGAUUCACUGCCUAUGCUUUGUUUCUAUGUAUUGUACUCAUUGCCUAUGUGCCAGGGACAGUUGUUCUUUUCUCCCACAUGCUUCAUCAACGUGCAAAACAGCAAAAGACACUGAAGACCAAAAAAGUGGACUCAAAGUCCGAAUAG